AUGAAAAAUUCGUCACACUCGAUGUCACUUUCCAUCAAUUUUGCUCAAGUGACUUUGUCACCGAUCGUUGGAUACGAACAAUCAAUUCUGUUUCAAGCCUUAGCUACUUUUUGUCGUUUGUCGAAAUCAAACGUUGAACAAAGUAUUUCAUCGUUUUAUUCAAAUACACUGGUAACUCCCAAAGUUUUAUCAGAAAAUGCUUUUCAAUCGCAAACUCAAGCAUUAAUUGAUCAAUUUCGCUCUCGAACACCAAACACUUUCAAUUCUCAACUACGAAUAGUCAAUCAAAUGACCAAUGGAAAUAAAAUAUUCUCUGCAUUACAAAUGAAUACAUACUAUUACUAUAAUAUCACUGAAAAUGACGUGGAAAUUUGGUUGACAUCAAUUCCAUAUUUUCAAAUCGAUGGUUUACCAUGUGCGUGUGAUGUUACUACUUGUCAAAUAAUUUCCUCUGGUAUUUACGAUGCAUUCGAUAAAGCAACUGCCGAAGAUAUUGGCGAACAAUGUUUAUAUAUACCCAGAAUAUCAGCUGGUUGCUUUCCAGUCGAUUCAAUUCUUGUUUCGACACUCGAAUGUUUCUACAAUGAAACUUGUCUAAAUCGACUCAUUACUUUUUUUCGUACGAACGAAACAUUUCGAGUUCUCAAUUCAACAUUAAACACACCGAAUACAACAGUUCAAACAAUGAUCGAUAAUUUGAUGAUUGAAGAUUGGAUUAGCAAAGUUUCUUAUGAGAAAUAUUAUUCGAAAUGUUCACCCUCGUUGUGUACUUUUUUUGUAAUAUCUCGACGAACUUUUCUGGAUGUUCUGAUUAAAUUGAUUAGUUUAUUGGCGACUUUACUACUUGCUCUUCGUUUGAUAUUUUCAUUUCUAAUUCGAUUAAUUCGACGAUCACCGAAUGCAACACCAUGA